AUGUCUAGUAUAUUCUUAGGUACAGCUCGCGUGCGGCAGCUGGCCUUCUCUAAGCCUAUCCGCCUUCUCUGUGGCGUCCUAAAUAUAACAUUUCACUCCGAAAAUACGUUACUAAGGGAAUUCCAUAGGAAUUUCGUUCCAAGACUCCUUAAGAAUAAUGAUUUCACAUUCAAUUCGAAUAUUAUAAAGGAAGGACAGGAAUCUAUACGACUAUCAUAUGGUUCAAAGGAUCAUUUUAUCAAUUUAAACUUUUACCAAUUUCCACAUCAAAUUUUACAAAGGAUUCUUGACAUAGAUAAUUAUGAAAGAGAAAGAAAUGACUCACAAACAGCUAAUUAA